UCGUUGAUCAUGAUUUCGACUUCAAUGCCUUCUUUGAAUCCAUGCUCGACUUGGCCAUCGGAAUCGCACGGAUCCUGAGCGCUGUCACGUGAUCUGUCUCCCGGCCUCAACGACCCGCCUUUGGUCGGCAAAGUCAAUCAACACCAACGCUGACGACCAUCUACGCUCACUCAAACCACCAGAUACCAUCAAAAUGGCCACCCGCAGCGCUGCUCUCAAGCUCGACUGGACCAAGGUCACCAGCUCGCUGGGUCUCCGCGGCCAGACCGUCUCCUCCCUGCAGGCCUUCAAGAAGCGCAACGAGGACGCGCGCCGCCGGGUGCAGGUCCUGUCCGAGCAGCCCACCACCGUCGACUUUGCCGCCUACCGCUCCCAGCUCAAGAACACCGCCAUUGUCGACGAGAUCGAGAAGCGCUUCAAGGACUUCAAGCCCACCACCUACGAUGUGAACCGCCAGAUCAAGGCCAUCGACGCCUUCGAGGCCGAGGCUGUCAAGAACGCCGAGCAGACCAAGACCGCUGUUGACCUGGAGCUGAAGGACCUUGCCGCUACCCUGAAGAACAUUGAGUCCGCUAGGCCGUUCGAGGACCUCACUGUUGACGAGGUUGCUGCUGCCGAGAAGUCGAUUGACGAGAAGACCAACGAGCUCGUGUCCAAGGGUCGCUGGAUGGUGCCUGGUUACAAGGAGAAGUUCGGCGACCUUGCUGUCGUCUAAGCGAAUAUCAUCGUUGGCUUGCGCUACGCUAUACGGAAAGAUUCCCUUUGUGUACUCUAGCAUUGUAGGUACGAGAAAUCGUGUUGGUGGAGUCAAUCGCUCUACUUGUAUCUCUAAAAAUGGUGCAUUUGCCUGUGACGCUCCUUGUACUUUGAUUUCCGCGAAGGGUGCAUGUAUGAGCCUCGUGGAGCGGAGCUUCGCUUGUACAAAGCCGUGACCAUAUCCUAGCAAGCCAGUUCCAAUGCUGGAACCGCUGUGAUACUAAGUACAGGUAGUUCUGUAGGCUCCGGCGGUGGUAUAGCGCUGC